AUGAACAAACAGAAGUCGUCUGCAAAGUUCCCAAAUCUCUGCAGGUCUCAUGACCAGAUCUCUAGGCGAAUGUCAGAUUGCAGAGAUUAAACAAGAUCCGCAAAAUGAGUCCAGUCCUUGGUUUGUGCGGCCAUGAUGGACGGGGAGAGCGACAGUGAGCAGCCCGACGGUGCCCAGUACCAUCUACCGACUCGCUCAUCACCAACAAUGAAAGGUCAAGGUCACAAGAUGAGCCAGAGUUCCCUGACCCCGGGCCCCAGCUCAGAGCCGCCCACCCCGGCCCCGGUCAUCGUCAUUGACGACCAGACGCACCGACUGACGGCCUCGAUGCGCUCCCGCAAGGAUGCAGUGGCCAAACACUCCACGGAGGACAAUGUGGAGUUUGAGAACAGCUGUGUGUACCUGGCAGAGAACUCCAUAGAGGCCAAGAAAAUCUCCAACAAUUUCAUGUUUGGAAUGAAGAAGUGGAAGAGUCAUGUGACCUCGAGGCCACUCGUGUCUCGCUCGGAGAUUGUCCAGAACUUGUACUCUGACAUGAGUGAGGUCAAGGACGUGAAAGCAAAACAAGGUGUGAUUGAAUGGCCCUUCAAUGUUGUGUACAGCCUCCUGUUUGGCUGGUGGCUGGCCCUGCUGUAUGUGCUGGUCGGAGUGCUCAUGUGCUUCACCAUUAUCGGAAUUCCUCACGGGUGGUCCAUGCCGCAGUCCAGCAAGACAUCCUCUAAGUUACAGGUGCUAAACUCAAGGCCCGCAGGCCGCAUCAAGCCAGUCGAGCAAUUACAGCUGGCCCGCGACGGGGAGCUUCCGAAGCAGCCGUACGUGGCCAUCAGCUGCAAAGAAGACGCACAGAAGAAGAUCACUGAUCUGAAUCUGCUCAAGACGGGAGAUGCACUACGAUAG